AUGAAAAUCGACAAAAUUAGAAAAAUCAUCGACGAUUAUCCGCAAUUCCAGACAAGUCUUUUCGAUUACGACAGUACAAUCUACGAUCUCAUCAUUACAGUCAAGGAUGAAUUGACGAAAGCCGUUGCGAUCACGUUUGCAUGUAUGACGGUCGCCUGUGCAUUCAUGAUCCCAAGUAUCUCAGGAGCUUCAGUCGCCACGCUUUCAAUGCUCUCUAUAUCCUUCUGUGAGUUUUUGGAGAGUACUUGUCAGUAA